UGAGGGGUCAGCUUCCUCGGAAAUAAUUCAAAGAGAUGAUACUAACAAUAUCAAUAGGAAUCCUAACUUUGAUCUGGCUACGACACAAUCAUAUGCUGAUCUUGGAGAAAUGAACAUGCCAUGUAAGCAUUGUGGAGCUGUUCUUUGGUAUCAUGAGAGAGCGUUGAAGGCAAGAGAUUCCAGUUCUCCUGAUUUCUCUAUCUGUUGUAUGAAAGGGAAAAUUAUGCUACCGUACUUGGCGGACUCCCCAUUACUUUUGUCUAACUUGCUUACAAAUAAUGAUCCAAGGAGUCGUCAUUUUAUGGACAACAUUAGAAGUUAUAAUAGCAUGUUUGCCUUUACAUCCAUUGGUGGUAAAAUUGAUUGUGGCUUGAACGAUGGUCGUGGACCUCCUCAGUUUGUUAUAAGUGGUCAAAAUUAUCACCGCCUUGGUAGCUUACUUCCAUCAGAAGGUGACAAUCCAAAAUUUGCUCAAUUAUACAUAUAUGAUACGAGGAAUGAGGUUCACAAUAGAAUUAGUCAUUUCAGUGAUUCUGGUGGUAAAUGCAAUCUUGAACCUGGAUUAGUUGGUGACUUGAUUAAAAUGGUUGAUGAGUACAAUGUACUAGCCAAGUCAUUUAGAAGUGUUAGAGAUUAUGUCGAAGAAGCUAAUCCGAACCCGGUUGCUCUAAGGUUAUUCAGAAAUCGUGUUCAUGAUCCUAAUACAUACAAUCUCCCAAGUGUAGAUGAGGUUGCUGCUUUAAUCGUCGGUGAUUUUGAUAGUUCUGACUGUGGUCGUGAUAUUAUAUUACGCUCAUCAAGUGGGAAGUUUGAAAGGAUUUAUGAGACUCAUUCAUCAUUUUUGCCCUUGCAAUAUCCAUUAUUGUUCCCUUAUGGGGAGGGUGGAUUUUCAGAUGAAAUUGGAUUUUGUGGCAUUAAUUAUAGUAACACAAUAUACAAGCGUGAGAACCUUUCAAUGCGUGAGUGGGUGGCAUUUAGGCUUCAUGAAAGACAAUUUGAGUGCAAGAGGAUAACCAUGUCUCGACGUUUGUUGCAACAAUUUGUUGUUGAUUGCUAUUCAAUGAUUGAAUCCAAUAGGUUGAAUUAUAUAAGGCUCAAUCAGAACACUAUCCGAAAAGAUUUUUUAUCAGGGAUUGAGGAUGCUAUUACUCGGGGUGAUACUGAUUCGUCAACUCUUGGUUCUAGGAUAUUUCUUCCGUCCUCUUUUACUGGUGGCAGACGGUACAUGUUUGACAAUUGUCAGAAUGCUAUGGCUAUCUGUGGAACUUAUGGAUAUCCUGACUUGUUUCUUACCAUGACAUGCAACCCCAAGUGGCCUGAGAUUGAUCGUAUUGUUACAACGAGAUUUUUGUCAGCCUAUGAUCGUCCGGAUAUUUCAUGUCGAGUCUUUCGUAUCAAAUUGGACCAACUCAUGACAGACCUUAAGAAGGGGGAGUUUUUUGGCAAAGUCAUUGCUGGUAUGUACACCAUUGAAUUUCAAAAGAGAGGUUUACCACAUGCUCAUAUUUUGUUGUGGCUUAGCCCGGCGGACAAGCUUAAAACCACUGAAAUGAUCGAUGCAGUUAUAUGUGCUGAGUUACCAGAUCCUGAUUUAUACCCUGCAUUGUUUGAAUGUGUUACGAAUUAUAUGGUUCAUGGACCAUGUGGAUUAAGUAGAAGGGAUUCUCCUUGCAUGAAGAAUGAUAGGUGUUCCAAAUUCUUUCCAAAAAAAUAUGCAGAAGCUACAUCUUUUGAUAGUGAUGGGUAUCCUAUAUAUAGGAGGAGGAACACUGGUGUUUCAGUUAAUAGGAGGGGCGUUGAUUUAGACAAUGGUUUUGUUGUGCCCUAUAAUCCCAAGCUUCUUAUGAAAUACCAGGCUCAUAUCAACAUUGAGUAUUGUAAUAAAUCAAACUCUAUCAAGUAUCUAUUCAAAUAUAUCAACAAAGGAGUUGAUAGAGUAACAAUGUCAAUGUCUGCUGGUAGAAACAAUCAUGAUCAGAGAGUUGAAGUUGAUGAGAUCAAACAAUAUUAUGAUUGUAGGUAUUUGUCUCCAUGUGAAGCUGCUUGGCGAAUAUUCAAAUUUGAAAUCCAUGAUAAAUGGCCACCUGUUCAUAAACUCACGUAUCAUUUACCUAGGAAGCAAGUUGUUUACUUUAAGGGAAAUUCAUCAAUUGAAGAUGUACUUGAAAAAAACAAGGUUAAGAAUAGCAUGUUCCAGGCGUGGAUGGAAGCGAAUUCCAAGUAUCCUGAGGGUAGAGGAUUAACAUAUGUAGAGUUUCCAUCAUCAUUUGUUUAUGAUCCGAGUAGCAGGUCAUGGCAUCCCAGGAAACAAGGUUUGUCUAUUGGCCGUAUAAACUUUGUGCCUCCUGGUUCAGGUGAGUUGUAUUACUUGAGAAUGUUGUUGAAUUUUCAAAGAGGGUGUACUAGCUUUGAAGAUUUGAGAUCAGUCAACAAUAAUGUAAAAGACAAUUUUCGUGAUGCUUGUGUUGCAUUGGGGUUGUUGAAAGAUGAUCGUGAGUACAUUAAUGGUAUAUUGGAUGUGGCAACCUUUGGAUCUGGUUCGUAUUGUAGAGCAUUAUUUAUUUCAUUCCUCUUGGGAAAUUCCAUGUCUAAUCCUGUCAAAGUAUGGACGGAAACUUGGCAUGUAUUGGUUGAUGGAAUCCUUUAUGACCUUAGAAGGAAGCACAAUAAUAAAGAAUUGAAUAUUGAUGAAGAACGAUUGAAAGAAUUGUGCUUAGUGGAGAUAGAGAAAGUUUUGAUGAUAAAUGGUAGAUCAUUGAAAGAUAUUCCUAAUAUGCCUCAUGUUGACCCCAGUAUUCUGAAUCAGUAUGGUAAUGUUCUACUAUUCAAUGAGCUUAACUAUGAUAUUGAUGAGAUGAAGAGGCUGCAUGUUGAAUUUUUUAAUAAGAUGAAUAGUGGGCAAUCCAAGGUAUACCAUGAGAUUAUUGAUGUUGUUAAUCAAGAUAAAGGGGGUUUUUUCUUUGUUAAUGGACAUGGUGGAACUGGCAAAACAUUUUUGUGGAAAACAUUAACUUAUAGGCUACGAUCGGAGAAAAAAAUUAUAUUGAAUGUUGCUUCAAGUGGUAUAGCUUCGCUUUUACUCCCUGGUGGUCGAACUGCACAUUCUUUGUUUUGCAUCCCACUUAAUGUUAAUGAAGAUUCAUGUUGUGGGAUUGUUCAAGGUAGUCCCAAAGCUGAGUUACUUCAGUUAACAAGUUUGAUUAUUUGGGAUGAAGCACCAAUGGUUAGUAGAUAUGCGUUUGAAGCACUAGAUAAAGCCUUGAGAGAUAUAAUGAGAAACUUUGCCCCUGAUAGUUUUGAUCAACCAUUUGGUGGGAAAAUUGUUGUUCUAGGUGGUGAUUUUAGACAGAUUCUACCAGUUAUUCCUAAGGGUACUAGAGCUGAGAUUGUGAUGUCUACCAUUAACUCAUCUAGAUUGUGGAGAUUUUGUAGGGUCCUUUCAUUGACUGAAAACAUGCGUUUGCUUGGCAACUUGAGUGAUCAUGAGAUUGAGGAGGUCAAAUCAUUUGCGAAAUGGGUAUUAGAUGUUGGAGAUGGAAAUUUAGGAGCCUAUAAUGAUGGUGAGUCUAUGAUAAAAGUGCCAGAAGAAACAUUGAUUCAACAAUCUUCUGAUCCUGUUUGUGAUAUUGUUCAGACUAUGUAUCCUAAUAUUCUUCAGAAUAUUGGAUGUGCUGCUUAUUUUCAAGAUAAGGCUAUACUUGCUCCAACAUUGGAUGCAGUUGAUAUUGUUAAUAAAUAUGUGUUAUCUUUGUUUCCUGUUCAUGAGAUGACAUAUUUAAGCUCAGAUUCAAUAUGGGGUGUUCAUGAAGAGGCUGGUAUUGAUGCUGGAUGGGUUACAACUGAAUUCCUUAAUGAUAUCAAGUGCUCUGGUAUUCCGGACCAUAAGUUGGUUUUGAAGAUGGGUUCUCCUGUGAUGCUCAUGCGAAAUCUAGAUAUUUCCACUGGAUUGUGCAAUGGAACUAGGCUUAUUGUUACCCAUCUUCGUCCAAAUGUUGUUGGAUGUAUUGUUGUAACAGGAACACAUGCUGGUAAGCAGACUUUCAUUGGUAGGAUGGACUUGAUGCCAACUGAUCAGGCUAUGCCAAUUAGGUUCCAAAGAAGACAAUUUCCUCUUAUUUUGUCAUUUGCUAUGACUAUUAAUAAGAGCCAAGACCAAACACUGUCAAAUGUUGGUGUUUAUUUACCAACUCCAGUGUUUUCACAUGGCCAAUUGUAUGUUGUUGUUUCUCGUGUGAAGACGAAAUCUGGUCUGAAGAUUCUAAUAUGCAAUGAGGAUGUUAUGCAACGAGAUGUAACAAAAAAUAUUGUUUAUAAGGAGGUUUUUCAAAGAAUCUACAAUUGAUUUUUUUUAAAAUUUAGAUGUGUUUAAUUUUUUGUUUUGGU